GGGGGAGCGCGAGUGAGUGAGUGGCUGAGUGAGUUUACCCCUAUGAGGUGGUGAGAGGCCCGGGGCCUACUGGAAAGGAGAGGGGUUGCGGCGCCCGACACCAGCGGGCCCCCUCCCGGUCCCCGGGCCCGGCGGCGCGGCGGCGGCUCGGUUGUGAGGAGGCGAGGAAGCGGGUGUCCGGCUCGGCCAUGGAGGGCAUGGAUGUGGACCUGGACCCGGAGCUGAUGCAGAAGUUCAGCUGCCUGGGCACCACCGACAAGGACGUGCUCAUCUCCGAGUUCCAGAGGCUGCUAGGCUUCCAGCUCAACCCGGCCGGCUGCGCCUUCUUCCUGGACAUGACCAACUGGAACCUGCAAGCAGCAAUUGGAGCCUACUAUGACUUUGAGAGCCCAAAUAUCAGUGUGCCCUCCAUGUCCUUUGUUGAAGAUGUCACCAUAGGAGAAGGAGAGUCUAUCCCUCCAGAUACUCAGUUUGUAAAAACUUGGCGGAUCCAGAAUUCUGAUGUCAUCUGGGUGAUUCUCAGUGUGGAGGUGGGUGGACUUUUAGGAGUAACACAGCAGCUGUCAUCUUUUGAAACGGAGUUCAACACACAGCCACAUCGCAAGGUAGAAGGAAACUUCAACCCAUUUGCCUCUCCCCAAAAGAGCCGACAAUCAGAUGAAAACAACUUAAAAGACCCUGGGGGUUCCGAGUUCGACUCAAUCAGCAAAAACACAUGGGCUCCUGCUCCCGACCAAACCGAGCAAGAUCAGAAUAGACUCUCACAGAACUCUGUAAAUCUCUCUCCCAGCAGUCACGCAAACAACUUAUCAGUAGUGACUUACAGUAAGGGGCUCCACGGGCCUUACCCCUUCGGCCAGUCUUAAACGGGUGUGUCAACAAGAAGAAAAAAAGGCCUGACUUUGGGGGUAGGGCAAGGGUUUCCCUGGAUUGCAGACCACAUCGCAUGGACCCCUGGCUCUGCCCCCCACACCCCCAUCCUGGAAGAAGAGGAGGAAGCAGAACAGACUAGUUUUGAGUAAACUCAGUGUGCAUGUGUGAGUGCUGAAUCGCAGCAGUGGUGCUGAGACUUCCAAGAAGAAGCCAUGCAGCCGCCUUGGGCUUGGUUGAUUAGGGUGUCCGUCUAACAAAUCAUUAGGUUGCCCGGGAAGGGAAACAAUUUUUUUAAAGGUGGGGUGGGAGGGGUAGCCAUCUUUCUAAACAAAAGUUAUUUUGCCUACAGAGAGGUUGUAGUUUCAAGCACCUGUUAAUUUUUCCCCUUUCCCACUUUUGUUUAAGCAAGGGAUAACAUGCUCUUCAUAGGAUUAGUGCUUGCUCUGGAUACGGUUCAGAAUGAGAACUACGUGGCAUGUUUGGGGACUGCGGGGUCAGCACCGAAGGAGCACAGCUGCCCAGGAACGUGACUCCGGCAGUCUGACCCCUUUUGUUUUUAAUGGCAUCAGCCAAUGAGUUAUCACCCUUCCUCCUCCUGUGUCUUUAAUCUUGUGUUGAUUUACACCUUUGGCAUUUGUAGUCACCAACCCUGUGGCUUGUUAGUAUCAGAACCUCUCUGAAGACCAAACUUCCCUGUGUGACCAGCAGAGGAAGCCUUGAGGACAGCCCUUGGGUGACGUGGGAGUUUCUGAGAUUGAGAGGUGUCCUCCCACACUCGCCUGUGAUGGUUGGCAUGGCUUCCCUUCCACAUUUCUUUUGGCAGGAAGACACUCCAUCCUGCCUACAUCUUUGCUGGGCCCUUCACAUAGUGGCUCCCCACCCAUGUGUGACCCAUGCGUGUGCCAUGGACACACACACAGGUGUUGGUACAGCCCACCAGCAGGCGAGUGUGAAGGUGUCCCAUGCUUCUCUGUUGUCACACAGCUCCUCUCCCUGUGUCCCCUCCAGUGGUCCUGCAUGGUGUUUUCACAGCCUGUUAAUGAAGGCUGAGCUGUUAAAAAUUCAAAAGCAUGGCCCCCAAAGGGGAAUGCGUCACAAGGAAGGGCCACAGUAUCUGACUCCUUGAUCUUGGAAACCACGCUUAGGUGGAAAUUAGAGGACCCUCCAUGCCCCCCACUCCACCCCACCCCAGCAGGAUGGUCGGUUGUUGUAAGGAGGUGGCCAAGGAGCAGCCCCUCUGGAGAUGAGGGUGGCAGCCUCAGUGGCCUCCUGUGGAUUCCAAGCAGAUUGAGAUGUGGCUCUCUCUGUGGAAAGCUUGAACCAGGCUAGAACAGCUGUCUGCCAAAGAUAAAAGAAUAUGCAAAGCCCCUCUUUUCUCCUUCUCACCCCCUCCCUCCUUUGAGUCUUAGUUGGUUUGAGAGUCGGGAUACGGAUCUAGGGCGCGAUUGCUGGUCACCUACCUGGUUAGUGCACCCCCAGCCCUCCUGGGGUUGCGAGGCAAGUAGGGAGACCAGGUGUUGAGUGGCUGCAAGGGGUUGUAGAGCCUGGGUGUGGGUGAGGGUCUGCCUGCCUAUCUGUCUCUGUCUGGGUGUCUGAGUUCCAAAAUUGUGUGGUGUUUGUUCCUCCUCAUCCUCUUCUGAGACUGGUGGGUUUUUUGUUUUGUUUUGUUUUGUUUUAAGUUUGAUUGUGGAAGAAAACGCUUGUAUGAAAUUCACCCUUCACCUUCCCACCUUCCUCAGAAAACCAGAGGGGAAUGUCCGCCUGCCGAGAAGGGCAGUUCUGUGCCCAGGUCGGAGCUAAGGGAGGGCCCUCCGAGCACGUGCUCUGUGUGCAUGCACAAGGGCACCUUGUCUAGAGGAGCCUGUCCCCUGGGGCUCAGGCUGGCUUCUGUCUGAGAGCCCCAUGAGACCCAGGCUGCUGCUGUCGGUGCCAAUCUCCUGAAACACUGCCACCCAGGAGCCCACACAUGUCCAGCCACUGUUGCCUCCUGAUGACCUGGAAGCAUCAUUAGCUGUCCCUGGCAGGAUCGGGGGAGGCUUCACAAGCCCUGCUUUUCUGACUUGCCAUCUAGCCCAUGCAAGAUGCCCUCCACUUCCCAGCAGGGGCUUCACUGGCCACCAGCUUUGGGUGUGGCCCUGCCAGAGUUGUCCUGCUGCUCCUCUUGCUUAUAGGCUACCUCACCCCCAGUCAGUUCAGCAUCCCAUAUGUCUUGGCUUGCUUCCCAAGAACAAGCCAGUCUAAUGUACACCCUCUGCAAAAGGGCCAGAGCAAGUGCAGGCUUUCUUUGGCAUGUGGGCAGAGGAGGGUAUGUGACUUCCCCAGGCCCAGGAGGAUUUCAGAACCGCUGGCUCUCCUCUGCCUUGCUGGUAUGGACCCUGAGCAAUGCCCAGAGCCCACGUCCUCCCCUGCCCAGAGGCUUGCUAAAGGCUCCCUGUAUCCUCAGCCCAAGCCUGCUCCUGGCAGUCUUCAGCAAGCGGCAGCCACCUCUGGGCCAGGACCAUAGUAUGGUGUCCAGGAAGUGAGACAGACCCCUUCUUAGGUGACAGGUUCUGAGGCCAGAUGGAGAGGCAAGGGACUCAGGUGUGGGCAGGAGCCCCGGUGUGUGUGCAUGGAGUGAGCUGUUUGUGUAAGUGUGGGUUGUGUGCACAUGUGCAUGUCUCUUUGCUUUUUGCCAUGGGGAUGAUUGAAUUUGGGGUGUUUUGCUACCCAAAACAGCCACUUUUCUCCCACAGCAAGGACUGGCCAUAACCUUAAGCCAUCAGGCUUAAAUCCAGCUCAGAGGGAAUCUCAGUCAACUCAGCUGGUGUGGCCUGAAGGUGGCCAAGGUGCCAGGACAUGGGCACGAGAACAAACAGAUCCCCAGGUUCACUCUGAGCCCCAGCGAGAGGCUGGUAGGGCUCCCAGGGCUUGGGAAAUGAGCUGAUCCUCCUCCCUGCCCUGUUUUUGUUCCCUGGGUGAAUGAGGAGCAGCAGCGGUUGCCCCUUCCACCUGUCAGUAGUAUGUGUGUAUGUGUGUAGCACACAAGCUGGGUGGGUGUUCAUGGCAGGACCUCAUGGUGCCUAGGAUGAGAUGAAGAUGAGGAGGUUUUUCCUUAUUGUAUAAAUGAAUAUUUGUAUGAUUAAAUUAACACACACACAAAA